AUGGCUGCUGCAAAUCCAGCAAAAAGUCUCCAGGAUGAACUGACCUGUUCCAUCUGUCUGGACUAUUUUAAAGAGCCGGUGUCUCUAGACUGUGAUCACAAUUUCUGCCGAGCCUGCAUCACCCAGUGCUGGGGGGUAUUCGCUACUGAUAUCUCCUGCCCUCAGUGCAGAGAGAUCUUUCCCCAGAGGAACCUCAGGCUGAACAGGCAGCUCAGGAAUGUUGUGGAAGCAGCCAGAGAACUUGGGUUGCAGACAGGGAGGGAACCAGAACCAGAGAGACUGUGUGCGAAACACAAGGAGCCUCUAAAACUGUUCUGCAAAGAGGACAAAAUCCCCAUCUGCCUGGUGUGUGACAGAUCCCAGGAGCACAGAGAUCACACAGUCAUUCCUGCAAAGGAAGCUGCCGAAGAAUUCAAGGAGAAGAUUCAAGCCCAUUUGAAGACGCUGAAGGAAGAGAGAGAAACGCUCCUGGGAUUUAAAGUGAGCGGAGAGAAGAGAAGCCAGGAAUAUCUGAGAAAUACACAAACCGAGAGGCAGAAGAUUGUGUCUGAAUUUCAGCAACUGUCUGUGAAGGGGAAGUUCCAGCAGCCAGAGGAGAUUUCUCCUAAGUUAGAAUUAAGACUCAGUGAUUUCUACCAGAAAACUGUUGCUCUCAUGGAGACUCUCAGGAAGUUCAAAG